AGACGCGACGUGCCGUCCUCACGUUAUAAAUGUGCCUGGGCGCACCGGCGUGCCACUGGAGAAUGAAAACCCGACUACGGACGCAUCAGACCACAGUAUCCCGGACCCGCCAGUCCUGUAGCGUCUACUGCACUUCCCUCCCUUUUCCAGGUGUGUUAUAGUGGGCAGGAGGCAAGAUGGCCACGUCCGCCAGCUCCGGUCUGAGUAAAGUUGUGAAACGGCAGUACAUGGAGCUCCCCCAGGGAGACAAGGUGCAAGCCAUGUACAUCUGGAUUGACGGAACUGGAGAGGGGCUCCGAUGCAAAACCAGGACGUUAGACUCUGAACCGAAAAGCAUCGAGGACCUGCCAGAAUGGAACUUUGAUGGUUCCAGCACUUACCAGUCAGAGGGCUCCAACAGUGACAUGUACCUGAUCCCUGCCGCCAUGUUCCGUGACCCGUUCCGUAAAGAUCCCAACAAACUGGUCCUGUGUGAGGUGCUGAAGUACAACCACAAGCCUGCAGAAACAAACUUGCGACUGACGUGUAAGAAGAUCAUGGCUAUGGUGGCGGAUCAGCACCCUUGGUUUGGCAUGGAACAAGAGUACACAAUCCUUGGCACUGAUGGACACCCGUUUGGCUGGCCAUCUAAUGGUUUCCCUGGACCACAAGGUCCUUACUACUGUGGUGUGGGUGCAGACAAAGCCUAUGGCAGGGAUAUAGUGGAGGCCCAUUACAAAGCCUGCCUCUAUGCUGGUGUUCAGAUUUGUGGCACAAAUGCAGAAGUGAUGCCAGCUCAGUGGGAGUUCCAGGUCGGGCCCUGUGAAGGCGUCAACAUGGGGGAUCACCUUUGGGCGGCGCGCUUCAUCCUGCACCGUGUCUGCGAGGACUUUGGAGUUGUGGCCUCAUUUGACCCCAAGCCAAUCCCCGGUAACUGGAACGGCGCUGGCUGCCACACAAACUUCAGUACGAAAGAGAUGAGGGAAGAGGGCGGAUUAAAAGCGAUCGAGGAGUCCAUUGAGAGGCUGGGUAAAAGGCACCACUAUCACAUCCGUGCCUACGACCCUAAGGGGGGGCUCGACAACGCCCGUCGUCUCACUGGUCACCAUGAAACCUCCAACAUCCAUGAGUUCUCCGCUGGCGUAGCGAAUCGUGGCGCCAGCAUCCGCAUCCCUCGCACUGUGGGCCAGGAGAAGAAGGGCUACUUCGAGGACCGCCGCCCGUCAGCCAACUGCGACCCCUACGCAGUGACCGAGGCCCUGAUCCGCACCUGUUUGCUCAGCGAGGAGGGAGACGAACCUGUGGAUUACUAAAUCCCCAUCUCUCUGGACUGAACCCAAUGCCCUCCACUGCCCUGUUUUCCUAUCUUUCGUUUUUAAAAAGCUGAAAGUUAAACUAGUACUGUACUUGUCUUUAUUACCCCCCUCCCCCCUCCCCCCCUGCAAUGAUUUUUAACCUGUAUUUUUAAAUAGCUUAAAGUUGGCUGGUCAACUUACUAUUAUAAGGAGGAUGUGUCCUUUGUAGCUGAAGACAUGGUUUUACAGGGUAUAUCUUCCCCCUUGUGUGUUAGGAGGAGAUGACCUAAACACCUGUUUUUGAGAUGUACCCUUAGCUUUGCCUGUAGACGACUAAAAUGAACUAAAGCACACGGGCACUGAAGAGUAGAGCUGCUGAGGCUGGUUGGCAUGUGUAAUUUCCUAAUCUAUGGCUAGUAUGUGCACUGUCUAAAGUGUGGUGACAACUCUUUUGGCUCAUAUUAAUCAGUCUUUAAUGUUACUAAUUAUUUUUAAGAAGUCUAUUUUUAAAUGGCAAUUUUUUUUUUAAAAUUCAUCACGAUUUUUUUGACACUGGGUCAAGUUGUAUGGUACACUGUAGAUGUAUGUGCCCAGACUGUUGUUGUCUCAACAUGUGGAUCUGUCCAUAUGCCAUUUGUAGAGUUCCUGUAUGGCUCAUGAAGGAGUUUUAUCCUUUUUUGUCAAAAUGCUCUGUUGUAAUGCACCUGAUUUGGUAAAAUCUCAAUUCACUGAA